GUUCAGUUUUUUUUUACUAUACAAACCAUGUUCUCACACGUGUCAACACGCGCUCUUUCUCUCUCUUACUCUGGCUCUUGACUUCUCCUACUGACUCCUCCAUUUCCUUUUUGAAGCUUUAUUUCAUUUCUAGAGACAAAGACAGAAAUCAUUGAGUUUUAGAAAGAAAGAGAGAGAAAUGAAAGAAGGGAAAGCGCUUUUGCGGUCUAGGAUGAAAUGGGUCGGUUUAGUUGGUUUAGUUUUAUCAGCUUUUUCACUCUUUGUACACUUUUUGCUAGCAAGAUUCACUGAAGAUGGCUUCUCAGAAUACCAGUCUUCCAUAACCAUCUUCUCUUGGAGACCUAUUUUUGAACCUUCAGACAUAUCAAGAACGAGCCCUCUGUAUAGAAGACUAUGGGGUCCAGUUGGGCAAUUGGAAUCUUUACACCCAGAUGCAAAUCCUAGAGGAUACUAUGCAGCAGGUCCUAUCGCUCAGACAAAUGGCUAUAUUUUUGUCAGAAUACAGGGUGGUUUCCAUGAGAUUAGGAGCUCGAUAUGUGAUGUGGUUGUGGUUUCUCGGUUUCUUAAUGCUACUUUAGUUGUUCCAGAGAUUCAACAAACAACAAGCAAGAAAGGAAUCAGUUCACAGUUCAAAAGUUUUGCAUACCUCUAUAAUGAGGAUGAAUUCAUGGCAGCUUUAGCGAAAGAUGUUAAUAUUGUGAGGACUCUUCCUAAAAGUCUUAAAUCAGCAAGGAGAAAUAAGGAGAUCCCAGUGUUUAGAGUGCCGUACUCGGCUUCACCUUAUUAUUAUUUGCACAAUGUGCUCCCUAUUUUGAUCAAGCAUUCUGUAGUUGAACUAGUUGUUUCUGAUGGUGGAUGCUUGCAGGCCAUUCUUCCGUCACAUCUUGAAGAGUAUCAAAGACUCAGAUGUAGGGUUGCUUUUCAUGCUCUCAGGUUCCGAGAGGAUGUUCAGGAACUGGCAACUAAGAUUUUGCAUAGGUUACGGGCUUCUGGACGACCUUUUAUUGCUUUUGCUCCUGGGAUGACAAGAGAUGCUUUAGCCUAUCAUGGUUGUUCUGAACUCUUCCAGGAUGUGCAUAGUGAACUCAUUCAGCAUAGAAGAACUUGGAUGAGAAAACGUGGGAUUAUAAAGGGGCAGCUUUCUGUAAAUUCCGCAAAACAACGCCUCAAGGGUUCUUGUCCAUUAACGCCAGAAGAGGUUGGUAUUCUUCUUCGUGCAUACGGAUACAGAUGGGACACAAUCAUAUAUUUGGCUGGAGGAGAAGUUUUUGGAGGCCAAAGGACAUUGAUCCCUCUUCAUGGAAUGUUUGAAAAUGUUGUCGAUAGGACUUCCCUCAGCACAGUUUGGGAGCUCAGUAGAAUUUAUGGCCGUGAGGCUAACCUUGAUGAAAUUUACCCAAGGGCUCCAGCAGCUACGCAGGUUGAAAUGAAGCUUGAUGCAUGGAAAAACUCUGGUCCUCGUCCCCAUCCUCUUCCACCUCCUCCUGCCAGACCCAAGACUUAUAAUAUUGAAGGGUGGUGGGGUUGGGUGGCUGAGAGUGAUAAUGAGCCUGAAAGUACAGUUGUAGAGUUGAGAACUAAUGCCCAUAAAUUACUAUGGGAAGCAAUAGACUAUAUGGUAUGUGUUGAAGCUGAUGUUUUCAUCCCUGGAUUUGAUCAUGAUGGUAAGGGACAUCCAAAUUUUGCCAGUCUGGUUAUGGGACACAGAUUGUAUCAGUCAGCUGCAUCUAAAACAUACAGGCCAGACAGGUUAGAAGUCGUCAGGCUUUUGGAAGAAAUCCGUAGCCACAUAUAUCAUGCAAACCAUACCUGGUUAACAUCAAUACGCAGGAAUUUGCGAAGCUCUUUAAUUGAUGGGCUGAUUGAAGCAUCAAAUAAGUCAAAGUCUUCAUCUUUUCUUUCACAUCCUGUCCCUGAAUGUUCUUGCUUGAGGCCUGAUUCUGGUGAAACAUCAUCUAAUGCUUCAAGUCCUUCGGUGCACUGGCAAGUUCAGGCUGCUCUUGGAGUCAUACAUGGAUGCCCUGCUUGGAUGGACGGUGAAAAAAGUUCAAGCUCAAGAGAAAAGGAAAAUGAAGAGGAUGUCGAUGAAAAUGAUCCAUCUUCAUCUGGGUUGUUUUUUCAGCAUCCUGGAAGUCAUGAUGUUGGAGGUGAAGAUGCAAACCUCAAAGAAGAAUCUCAAUUCGAGGAUCAAGAAGAAGAUGGUGGUGAUUGACAAUGGGAGCUUAUAUAUUUUGUUCAAGUUCUUAAAAUGCAGCAUCACAAUUGUAAUGCGUACAUAUAUAUAGUUUCUUCUGCUAAUUUGAAGUAAGCAAGAAUUUCUUGAAUUCUGAUUCAAGCUGGAGAAGUAGGGUUCCUUCCACCAGUUCUCAAGCUCCAUUGACUCAGGCCUAUAAUCAGAUCCAUCAGAUGUGAUAUUAGGCUCUUUGGCAUGGUGAUGGAUCAUAUAAUUCGAGCAUCACAGGGAAAAGCUACAGUGCAUUUCUUCAUGUAAGCCUGCAACCAAUUUUGACUAGUCUUAGCUUGUUCUUAAUAGAAAAACAAAAAUUUUGUUUAUCCAUUUCAGGAAAAUUUCAAAGUUUUCUUGGCAUUUUUCAUGCUUGAAAUUUAUGUAACAUGAUUAAGAACAGAAUGAAAUAGGUUCUACUGUAUUGUUGGUGCUAUAUUAUGAUAAAUUCUGAUGUAGAUUAAGCUGUUAAUGAUUGAUCAUUGAUAUGAAUUUUUUUCCUGCACAUUAUUACCAUCAGAUACUAUUGGACAGUGCUUUAUAAACUGAUCCAAUGUCCCUACGGAUUUUCCAGGUAUUAUAGACCAGAUAUUUUUGUAUCUGAAAUAAAAAAAAAAAUUUAAAACAUCAAUUUUAUUAUAAGUUGCUGUCUUAAAUGAAGUUUCCUUGGACUUACUUUCUCGGUAGUUCAAACAAAAAGUUUCACGCAACUUCAUGCACAUGCUAAAAUUCAGAUUGGCAGGCUUAUUAUCUGAAACAGUUGACCGUUUCAGAAAUCUUGGUAGCCAAGCAUGAUGGUUUUUCCAAGCAAUUUCAACCUACAGUCCAUACGAAAUUAGCAUAGUCUCCAAAAACAUUUUUGCUUUAUAAACCCCGACAUGGCAUGGAAGAAAACCACAUAGUAUCAAUCGACCAAGCAAAACACCACUUAAAUCUUCUCUGUCCAUUGAAUUUCUUUGUCGGUUUUUCCUUUAUUUUGCUAAAGAGUGGUCAAACAGGCUUAAACCAAGAUGAGCAAAGACAAGGAGGGGAGCUCGUGCGCACCAUUUUUAAGGUUGUUGCUGUCUUUAUGCCGUCAUUUAUUCUCAAAAACUGCUAAAUUUGACAUCACAAAAACUGCAGAACCAAGUGGACCUGAGUCUGCAAUAGCUUCUGCAGCUAAACAUUUUCGACAUAAAGUACACUUUGGGUAGUUUCUCUAGCAUUCAUCACAACUCAAAUAUGGCUCACGGCUGCAGCAAAUAAGUAGAUUUGAAAAUGUGUAUUUAUAUAAUUUAAAAUAUUAUAAUUUUUAUAUUCAUGUUAUAU